CCAGGAAAUAGUAGCCCUACACUACACGCCGCCAUCGCUUCCUCGAAAGGAAAUAGCGACGUUAGUGGUCAAGCUUAAGCUCCUCUACUCUCUUCCAACGCUUGCUACCCUCUCUCUGUGCAAUCCUCAAAAGCUCGAUCUUGACUUCUCACUUCUGUGUUCAGAGUGUUCUAGAUUCGUUCAAUACUCUCCGUCUCAUCUAUAUAUCUAGCCACCACCAUCGUUAUUCGGAAACUGGAGACGACUGUGCCGUCGCAAGCAUGCAGCAGGGGGAGGCCGCCGAGGACAUCGUCAUCGUGGGCGCCGGCCUCGCCGGCCUCGCGACGGCUCUCGGGCUACACAGGAAAGGGGUGAGGAGCUUGGUGCUGGAGUCGUCGCCGGCGCUGCGGGCGUCGGGGUUCGCGUUCACGGCGUGGAAGAACGCCUUCCGGGCGCUCGACGCCCUUGGAGUGGGAGACAAGAUCAGGAGGCAGCAUCCGCAGGUUCAGGCGUAUGUUGCCCUAUACACAUCCUAUCUCCGAUUUCUUUGUCUCAGGUUGCGCGUCAUGUCUUCAUCUACCGGAGAGGUUGCACAAGAACUGGACCUCAAGGUGCAGGGGAAACAAGGACCAAACGAAAUCCGUUGCGUCAGGAGGGACUUUCUGCUCCGGGCCUUGGAGGAGGAGCUGCCAACAGGCACCAUCCGCUACUCCUCCAAAGUUGUGCUGAUCGAGGAGGACAGCGACGUCAAGAUCCUGCAUCUAGUUGAUGGAUCAAUUCUGAGAGCGAAGGUACUGAUCGGAUGCGAUGGGAUCAACUCCCUGGUGGCGAAAUGGCUGGGGCUCGCGACGCCAUCUUACUCAGGGCGCAUGGCGGCGAGAGGCCUCGCGCAUUACCCGGAUGGCCACGGCUUGGAGCCCAAGUCCCUACAGUUUAUCGGCCACGGCUUCCGCUCUGGCAUGCGACCCUGCAACGAGACUGACAUCUACUGGUUCUUCACGUGGACUCCUUCCGAAAACAAUAAGUGCGUCAACGAGAAUGCCACCAAGAUGAGGCAGUUCGUCCUGACCAGCCUCAGGGGCUUAAAGGUGCCUGCAGAGGCGUUGGCGGUGAUCGAGAGGACCCCGAUGAGCGACGUCGUCGCCGUACCGCUGCGUUUCCGACCACCGUUGUCGCUGAUAACUGCGAGCAUCAGCAAGGGCAACGUCUGCGUGGCCGGCGACGCGCUGCACCCGAUGACGCCCGACCUGGCCCAGGGCGGCUGCUCGGCGCUGGAGGAUGCCAUCAUCUUAGCUAGGUGUCUCGGCAAGGCCGUUCUCGAUGAGGGUGCGAGAGGCGGCGCAGAAAACAAGAGGAUUGAGGCAGGGUUGCGCGAGUACGCCGAGAUCCGGCGAUGGAGAAGUGUUCAGCUCAUCGCGACUGCCUAUAUGGUCGGCUUCAUACAACAAAGUAACAACGUGAUCGUAAGCUUUUUGCGAGACAAGUUUCUAUCAGGAUUGCUCGCAAGAAGACUUCUGAAAAUGGCAGACUACAACUGCGGCACGCUCUGGAGCUAGCUAGUUAUUUUCUACUUCUGCGUGUACACUUUCGAGAAAUAUGAUUACUAGAUGGUGUGUUCUAGAAUAAGUCCUACAGCUAAGUGUUACUUGAACCAGUAUAUAAAAACAACUGCCGAGACUCAACCGUUCGGUGACCACUGUAAUCCCUAAAUAAAGAAAAGGGUCACUUGGUGUGGUAAGGGUCCCUACUCCCCUAAGGAGGACGAAUACAAUGAUAUCAUUUUAUA